AUGGACGGGGACCCUGGUGCUGGUUCCCAACGGGGCAGAGCGCGGACGGCGUGCGAUUUAUGUCGGUACCGAAGGGUCCGUUGCGAUGGUGAAAAACCAGCAUGUGAGACCUGUAGGCUUGCGAGGGUGGAGUGUGUUUUUACGCCGCGAGUUAGGCAGCGGAAGGAUAUCCGCAGGGAGCUGGCGGAGACAACAGCCAAAGUACAGCAAUUACAAGAAGCAUUAAGAGCAGAGCGAGCGCGCUAUCAGAGCCAGACUCCGUGGCUAAUUCCUAGUCCAACGGCAUGGCCAGGUCCAGGCUCGACUGACGGGCUGGAUUCGUACGGCUUCGAUGCAGCAAAAGAGGCCUUUCGAAAACAUCUGUCAUACUGUGACCCAACAUUCUCUUCUGCUAUUCACCGGGCGGGUUAUAUAUUCAACAUUGACGAAUUCCUAGACCAGGUAUCUUACUCAUUCAGAGCACAAUAUCCAGCGCAUCAAUCAAGAACCGUUCUCCCAAAAUGGCCUCCGCAGGAGCUAGUCCAGCGCACAAUUGAAUAUUUCUCGAGAACGGGGCUUUACUCUGUUUUUCCUGUCGUUCAAACGGAGACUCUAUCCUCGGACAUUGAUCCGAGUAUCAUUUGUCAACCUGGGAAUAAUAUGAAGGCAGCGGAUAUAGCGCGUCCGGUUGCGUUGACAGCGCUUCUUGGGAGGAUUCACAGGCAUGAACCUGAAUUCGCAGAUGCAGAACCUGAUGCGUAUAUACAAACUGCAUUGGGCUUGAUACCGCAGUUAAUGAUGGACAGUGAGAAUCUAAGAACGUUGGAGAGCUUAGUUCUACUGGCCCUCUACAUCUUCCCCACCGGCCAAGCCCAACUCGCAGAACUCCUGCUCUCCAUGUCCGUCCGCGUCCUCUACAACCUACGCGCCAACCACCAAACGAACAAGCAACACACCCGAGCCCUCUUCUGGCUAAUCUACUUCAUCGACAAAGACCUCUCCCUCCGACAAUUCCAACCCCCCUUGAUCCACGAUGGCGAUUGCACUCUCUCCCUACCAGACACAUAUGUCUCCGAAUCUUCAACGCACCGUUUCCUCUCAAAGCCGCUGUCGCCAAACGAGCUGCUUUUCCCAUCUGAUCUCCGUCUGUCGCUAAUAAAAUCCAAGAUCUACACACUUCUCUACUCAAAGAAUGCCCCAACACAUCCAGCGCAAUCCUCAGAAGCACAGGCGAGAAAACUGCAACAUAUCCGCGAACUAGAUCAGGAACUCAGUGAAUUCAAGGCUGCGUUCCCGGUUACUCUGCCGCUGGAUAGUUUUCUAUCCGGGAUGGGACGGGAUGUGCCGGAUAUUUUGCUGCAUGAUAUGAGUCUGAGGGGGUAUAAUAUUCAUCUGGAGUAUUGGUUUUGUUUGGGGAGGAUUCACGCUAGUGCUGCCAGUACUACCGCCACCAGAGGAGGUGAUGGUGGUAGUGGUAGUGGUGCAGUGCAGUCGCCGUUAUUGUCAUCGAGUAUGAACCUGUGUCAUCAAGCGGCUAGAUCGACGUUGUUGUUUAUGGUGCGGACGAGGCAUUUCAUCAUGCCAGGUAAUUUCUGGAUCCACGCUCAAUCACUCCUAACUUCUAUCAUCACUCUCUUCUGGUAUAUGAUUGCCGCAAACUCCGCGGAGACAUUUGAAGAAGAUCUAAACAUUCUAGAGAGUAUUGCGGAUACAUUCAAGGAGAUAGUUGAGAGCGGGAAGUGUGGAGAUGGUGGUGAUGGGCGUUUUCCGCCAUUUUAUAUCACGGAGAAGUUCGUGAGGUGGUUGAUUGGGACAGUGAGGAAUCGACAUAAUAUGAGCGAGUUGCAUGAGGGUAGUUUGACCACUGACAUCAAAGACACUGAUUGA